AGUGGCUUUCAUUAGUAGUGGUGGAGGUGGUGGUAGUGAGCGCGCGGCACACUUCGCGCUUCUCUUUGUAAGUUCUCACAGUACCACGCACCUUGGCUUACUCUCGCAGGUGAAAUAAACUGUUCCUUCAGCGCGAUUCCAUUCCGUUUAUCGUUUCCGCGGAAUUAUUCUCUCUUUUUUUAUGAUUAUUCACGUAACCGUGUUUGUAAAAAAUCGAAAAUCUUAAUGUGUUCAACCGCGAGAAACGGCCUCGGCCCUGCUACUGUUACUAGUGUACUAUGUCAUUGAGAGGAUCUGUUUGAACGAACGAAGAAUCAGAUAUCUCUCGGCGACCUUUCUGUCGCCACGUGCUUCGUGUUCUCUGCAUCUUUUUCGCAAAUUCGCCGAUCUUCCACGCGUACGAUUCACCGAAUUGGCCAGUUCCAUCACCAACGUCCCUGCGCUUCACGUAAUUAACGAGCCAGAAUGUAUGGACCGAUUUUCUUCGUUACCAUUCUCGGAGCAUUUCAUGAAAUUGCCGCCGCCUCGCAACACAUUAACAAAGAUCUCACGAAUCACUACAAUGCUCGUUUUCACGUUUACGAAGAACCGUACAGUAUCGACUUCACGUAUCAUAAUUACGAGCAAAUGAGUCGUUUUCUUCGGACAACAUCUCUUCGAUUUCAAAACCUCACUGCCUUAUAUUCUAUAGGAAAAUCCGUGAAAGGUCGCGAUUUGUGGGUAAUGGUUGUUUCUUCCUCGCCUUACGAGCAUAUGAUCGGUAAGCCCGAUGUAAAAUAUGUGGCCAAUAUACAUGGGAAUGAGGCUGUAGGUCGUGAAUUAAUGUUACAUCUAAUUCGCUUCCUUGUCACCAGUUAUGGAUCAGAUCCAUAUAUUACGUGGCUUUUAGACAAUACCAGAAUUCAUAUUCUUCCAUCAAUGAAUCCUGAUGGUUUUGAAGUUUCGAAGGAAGGAUAUUGCGAAGGUGGUCAAGGCAGGUAUAACGCACGCGGUUUCGAUCUCAAUCGAAAUUUCCCCGAUUACUUCAAACAGAACAACAAAAAAAGUCAACCGGAAACAGAAGCUGUAAAGGAAUGGGUCUCUAAAAUUCAAUUCGUUUUGUCUGGAAGCUUACACGGAGGUGCCUUGGUUGCAAGUUAUCCAUUCGAUAACACACCUAACUCGCGAAUAUGCCGGUCAGCGCCAUUAUGUGCAGUGUUUCAGAGUUAUACUUCGGCGCCGAGUAUUUGUCCAGACGAUGACGUGUUUCAACACUUAUCGUUGGUGUAUUCCCGAAACCAUGGAUCUAUGUACCAAGGAUUACCCUGCUCGCCAUCUCAACCCGGCUUUAAAAAUGGUAUAACCAAUGGUGCACAAUGGUAUCCACUUACCGGUGGAAUGCAAGAUUUCAACUACGUAUGGAACGGUUGUAUGGAAAUUACAUUGGAACUUUCGUGUUGUAAAUAUCCUCCUGCUUCUGAUUUGCAAUUUUACUGGGAAGAAAAUCGCGUGGCACUUAUUAAAUUUUUAGCGGAAGCUCAUAGGGGUGUCCGUGGAUUUGUUAUCGACGAAAAUGGAAAUCCCAUUGAGAGAGCAUCUAUUAAAGUGAAAUCACGAGACGUUAGUUUUCUUACUACGAAAUAUGGUGAAUUUUGGAGAAUUUUACUGCCAGGAAUGUAUAAACUAGAGGUAUAUGCAAAUGGAUAUCUUCCACGUGAUGUAGAAUUUAGAGUAGUAGAACAACAUCCGACCUCUUUCAACGUAACAUUAUACAGAGCUAGCAGACAUCCAGGUGAGGAUGAAGCUGGAUCCAAUUUUUAUAAUGGAAACAGGGACCAUAUUAAUCGGGACCACGUGAUACAUUUUCGACCACAUUCUGGAACCAAUACUGCAUCCGAGACAAAUAGCGGAAUUUUUUCAUCCAUUAGUAACGGAUUCAACUCCUUCGUUAAUAAUUGGUUUGGGUGAUUAAUUAUGAGUUAGCGGACAACAAAUUUUUUAACAACACUGUUGUUUCAUAUUAAUUUCAUAAUGACCAACAGAGGCGAAACGAUGUUGAAAAUGUUUAUCAUUAUUUGUUACUCUAUCUGUUGUUAUAAAUGAUGAUAUAAUAAUUUAUAAAACGAAUAUUACUGAUGAAAUUGAAUCGGUUUCAAAUAACAAAGAAACUUACUUUGUUAUCUGAAGAAGUUCAGAGCAGACAUGCAGAGCUCAAAUUUAAGUAUAUAGAUAAAAUUGAACGUGUAGAUAUCAUAAUUUAUAUAGUGAGCAAAUAUUUAUAUUUUCUUAAUUUUA